GUGAUGGGCUUCGCAGUUCGUACUGAAGGAAAAGGGGCUGGACGAGGAAUUAAGCAGGAUAAAUCCGGAUUGCAGUGUUCUUAUUGUAAGUUUUCUGGACAUGAUGUAACUGCUUGCUUCGAGUUACACGGUUACCCGGACUGGUGGGGUGACCGACCCAGGCUUGGCAUCAAAGGUGCAGGGCGUAGUCGUUCAAAUACCUCAGGCCUUCCGAGCAAUCCUGGAGUGUCUCGUGGCAGAUCGACGGCAAAAGCACAUGCUGCGGUUGCAGCUGAACCUGCGGGCAAAACACUGCAGCAAGGUGAAAGUAGUGGCGGGCAGUCCACUCCCCUGCCAGGUUUCACGCCGGAACAGUGGAGCUCCCUGGUUUCCUUGUUUGGUAACUCACUUCCUACUAAUGAUCGCAUGGCCGGACCGUCCCUCGAGGAGGCUGAUUGGAACGGGUGAACGGCGGAAUGGACUGUACUACUUGAGGGAGGAACCGAUGGCACAAGUUCUAGCAGUCAACGAAUCAAAGAAUGUGGAAGCAGAAUUGUGGCAUCAACGGUUGGGACAUGCAUCUUCUCAAGUAGUUGAAAAAGUGGCCCCCGUAAGUGGUUUGAAGAAUUUUGGAAAUUUUCCGUGUGAUAUUUGUUUUAGAGCUAAACAGACUAGGGACCCCUUUCCUACUAGUUUGAAUAAUACUCGUGAUAUUUUUGAGAUGGUGCAUUGUGAUUUGUGGGGUCCAUAUAAAACCCCGUCUUCGUGUGGUGCUAGACAUUUUUUGACAAUUGUUGACGAUUAUUCCCG